AAACUCUGCAACCUCCAGCCAUGAUGUAGACUUGACAACCGUAUUAUGAUGAUGAUGAUGAUGCAGGGCCGCGCACGGAGGCGGAGCAGCGACUGACUCUCCUUCCUUUCGCUACACCCGGUACUCUAUGUCUGUCCUGAUUUGGCAGCUAGAGUGCUAUGUCCUCGACCACACCCCCCGCAGCCCCGCCCCUUAAAAAGGGAAGGAAGUCCGAGGUGAUGACCGACUCGGUGCCGACCACCAACGAGGAAUUCAAGAGUAAACUCAUGGACAGCCAGAUGGAGCUGCAGCAGGAGCGCAACAAGAUAUGUAAGCUGCGUGAGCGACUCCAGGAGCAGCGGCAGGCUCGGGAGCUUGAGCAGCACAAACAUGCUGUGGCGCUCACUGACCUGCGCGCCAAGCUCCAUGAAGAAAAGAUACGGGAGAACACGGCCGCCCGUGAGACCCUGGUGCGGCAGCAUGAUUUUGAGCUGGCCCGGGCCAUCAAGAUCCGGGAGGCUGAGGCGCAGAGGCUCCAGGGGCUCGUGAACGCCCUGAGAGAUGGAGCUGCUGACAAGCUAAAGAAUGCUCUCCUGGCAGAGGCUCGGGAGGAGGCCAGGAGAGCAUUCGAUGGGGAGAGGAUAAAGCUGCAGCAGGAGAUCCAGGAGCAGAAGACAGCCAGGAAGCAGGCUGACGAGGCUCUCGCUAAUGCUCUGCAGGCCGAUAAAGCCAAAGCAGGAGAUCUCCGCACGUCCUACCAACAGCACCAGGAUGAGGUGCACCGCAUCAAACGGGACUGUGAGAGAGACAUCCGCAGACUGAUGGAUGAGUUGAAGUCGAAGGACCGAGUGAUGGGUGCUCUGGAGAGGGAGCUGGGGGUGCAGGCCGGCUACACCCAGAAGCUGCAGCUGCAGAAAGACACUCUGGACGAGCAGCUGGGUCAUGUACGAGAGGCCGAGAGAUACAACCACGGCAGCCCCAAGAGAGAGCUGAUGCCUGGGCUGGGGGACAACUCAGACCUGCUCAUCAACCAGGAAGUGGAGGAGCGCGACAUGAGGAGAUUCCAGCUGAAGAUUGCAGAGCUCCACUCGGUCAUCAGGAAGCUGGAGGACAGAAAUGCACUGCUGGCAGACGAGAGGAAUGAACUAUUAAAGCGCAUGCGAGAGGCCGAGAGCCAGAUGAAGCCCCUGUUUGAGAAAAACAAGCGGCUGUCCAAGAAGAAUGACGACCUCCUGCAAACGCUGCAACGCAUGGAGGAGAAACUGAAGAACCUGAGCCGAGUCAACGCUGAGAUGAAGGAAAAAGCCGCCGCCUCUCGGCCCCCCCCACAGCAACAAUGCAUUCAGUCCCAGCUGAAGCGCCCAAGCUCGCUGACAGACCUGAGCCAUGCCCACGAGGAACAGGAAGUGGAGUUCCUCAAGCUGCAGGUUUCUGAGCAAAGUGGCAUCAUUGACGAGCUCACGCAGGAACGUGACCGAUUGGCGAUGUGCAAAAAGAACAAAAGGAAACCUCUCAAACUGUCUAAAAGGCAUGUUGUGGAGACGUAUUUUGGAUUUGAUGAGGAGUCCGUAGACUCUGAGACCUCCUCUCUGACCUCCUACAACACAGACCUCACUGACCGCACACCUGCAACUCCAGAGGAGGAUUUAGACGAGAGUUUUUCCAGAGAAGAGUCGGAGCUUCGUUUCCGUCAGUUGACCAGAGAGUACCAGGCUCUCCAGCGGGCCUACGCGCUCCUCCAGGAGCAGACGGGGGGGACUCUGGAUGCUGAGCGGGAGGCCAGGACACGUGAGCAGCUGCGCAUCGAUCUCAGCAGCUGCCAGGCCAAGAUCCUGGACCUGGAGAAGGCCCUGGCCGAGCGGGGGCAGGAUUCAAAGUGGGUGGAGGAGAAGCAAUACCUGCUCAGGACCAACCAGGAACUUCACGAGAAGAUAAGCGCGUUGCAGCAGGCGGAGUUGCGGCUGCAGGCCGAGGUUCAGGAUGCCCGGGACCAGAACGAGCUGCUGGAGUUCAGAGUGCUCGAACUGGAAGUAAGAGACUGUACCAUCGUCAAACUGUCACCGGGAGGCGACAACAACAAUCUCAGUUCCAGAUGCAAGACCUACAUACAGUGACUUACCAGACAGACAGACGCACUGAUCACCUAGACACACUUGAGUCCUCCUCUGUAUGCAUUUGUGUUUUGCAUUGUUUUGCAUGGCAGCUGUGUUCACAUACCCUCCACUUAACUGGAAUAUUUUUUUAAUGAAAGAAUGUUGUGUAAGAAUUGAAUAAAAAUGUAUUUUAAGUUCAAUAUUCAAUCCCA